AGACAUAGUAGUUUUGAGCUUGACCGAGAGAGAGAUCUCGUAGAGAUUAUAAAGACGAGGAUGGAAGAAGCGAAAGCGAUAGCUCAACGUCAGCAGCAGCAGCAGCAGCAACAGCAGCAACAGCAGCAGCAGCAACAGCAGCAGCUAUUGUUACAGCAGCAGCAGCAGCAGCAGCAACAACACCAGCAGCAUCAUCAGCAGCAGCAGCAGCAGCAGCAGUUAUUGCUCUUGCAUCAAUUACAGAGACAACAGCAACAAGCGCAACAGGCCGCUGUGAUUUCUCGCUUCCCUUCCAACAUCGACGCUCAUUUGCGCCCACUCCGACCCCUCAAUAACCCACCUAACCAAAUUGCUAACCCUAAUCCCAAUCCCAACCCCAACCCUAAACCCAACCCUAACCCUACCCCCAAUACAGUUUCUACCAAUCUCCAACAAAAUCCUAAUGAGAACCCGCAGCAACAGCAGCAGCAGCAGCAGAGGGCGAUCCGUCCUGGUAACCAGGCGGAGCUGCAAAUGGCGUACCAGGACGCCUGGCGGGUCUGCCAUCCCGACUUCAAGCGCCCCUUCUCUUCCCUAGAAGACGCAUGUGAAAGGUUACUGCCGUACCAUGUGGUGGCAGAUUAUGAGGCUGAAGAGGAUGACCGGAUCCUUGACUCUGACACUACAGGCAUGAUGCCAUCUCGCUCUCAGCAGUGGGAUCACAACAUUUCUGCAAAAGUUGCAGAGUUUACAGCAACGUUUGAAAAACAGGCACUAGCUUUUAAUAUUAUCUCCCGCAAGCGUGCUUUUGGGGAAUUUAGAUCUGAAGAGAGACUUAUGAUUGAGCAGGCUCUUUGCCAAGAAGAAAAACGAGCAUGUUUGGAGUUGAGGGCUGAGCUUGAUUCAAGAGAGAAAGCUCGAAUGGCAGCAAUUGUUCAGGCAGAGCAAGCUCGGGUUGACUCACAAACGCAUGCUGAAAUGUUGGCUCGGGCCCCAAUAAGGGCAAGUGCACUUGGGGCUCAAGGCAAUGAUGUCCCGAUUGGUCCUGAUAUGAGAGUACAGGAACAUGGGGCUGACCCAGAAGAGAUGAUAAAUGGAUGGGGAAAUAGCAUGCAAAGGGAUGAGAAAGAACCAUCUGAUGAUUUUCUAAAUGAUGAGGAGACUGAGAAUGGAUCUACGGGCAUGCAGGAUGGUUGGCGCGAAGCUGGUGAAUUUGAUCUGAACACACAUUAAACAUUCCCACUCUUGUCAAAAUAAUCACAAUCAUGGACUGUGAUGUUUAUAAACUGAAGAAAUGCACAUUAGGUGGAAGUUGUUUGGCCAGAGCCGUCUGUAUUUAGUGAAGCAUGAGAAUUUGGGAAAUUUAUGUUGUUGAGGUUUCGUUCACAGGGUAAAGGAAAUAUUGCAACCGUCCAGUGGAUUGAUUCAGUUAUUUUACUUCAGUUAUGCACUUAUUUUACUUAUUUUACCAAUUUUAUGU